AUGUAAAAUAAUAAACAAAGUAUAAGACAUAUUAUUUACGGAUCGACUUCAUACCCUCGUCCAAGAGCAACUCGCUUCCUAGAAUCCUAAUUGACAGCUAGUUUAUUAUUACAGAAGUUACUGUACUUCAAUGCAUAUUUCUCCUUAUUAUUCUUGUAUAUCACUUUAGGUAUUAAUAUUCAGAGGCUUUGGAUAGUCAAAUCUAAUUUAAUGGAUACAUUGAAUUUAGUAUUGCUGCUCAUUUGGGCUGUGCUUGAAGGAUUUCGGUUAUCAAAUGGAUAUAGCGGGAAUAUUAAAGAAUAGUUCCCAGAACUAUUUUCAUUUGUGCUAAUAACCAUUGUAAAUAUUAUAUCUCUUGCUCUUUAAGUGAUGCAGUAUAUUAUUCCAACUUUGAAUUAUCCAAUGUAAUUAGGAUUAGUAAUAAUUCAAACAGUUUUGUACUUUUGUGAAAUCAUGAUUGCCAUAUCAUCACUGUGCACUUAAAAUAAAUCAUAGUUGGCCUUAAUGAGUUUGAGAGUUCCCAAGUCUGAGAAUGAUUACUAAAUUAAGAAACGAAUUGAUGAUCUGAGGAUAAAAUAAGAGGAGAAGUAACGUUUAGUGGAGCAAGAAUAAGAGAGGUUGACCUAUCAAAAUAAUUAUUGA